GAUCUCUCUCUCUCUCACGUUGCAAUCUUUCGUUAGUUCGUUAGUUAUUGCUCAAAAGCCAAGUUGUUGUGAACCAAUUCAAUUCAAUUCUAGCUGCUACACCCACCAACCCUUUGUGAUUGAUUGAAAAUGCGAGGAAGAAGAAGGAUGCAAAAUUGACAAUUCAAAAUCCCAACAUGAUUAGCAGCAGAAUCAAGUGUGACCCAGUUGCUUAUGUUUCUCUCCCUCUUCUCCUCACAACACACUUUCCACCCACUUCUCAUUUUUCUCUCUCCCAACAACUCAAACCCUCUUCUUCUUCUUCUUCUUCUUCUUCUUCUUCUUCUUCAUUGUUGUUCUUCUCUGCAACCACCACCCCACCACCACUACGAUCCCUCUCUCUCCGGAACUUCGCCUCUGCCACUAUGCUGCACCAUGACCCUUUCGUCGGUAACAUCUAUGCCACUGCUAUUUCUGGCGUUGUUGCCUUGUCCUUCCUUCGAUUGUGGGAAGAAACUGCUACAAGAGGGCUAUUUGACCAGAAAUUGAAUAGGAAACUUGUACAUGUAAGCAUUGGGCUGGCAUUCAUAUUCUGCUGGCCGCUAUACAGUGAUGACAAAUGGGCUUCAUUAUUUGCUGCUCUUAUUCCGGGAGUCAAUAUACUCCGGAUGCUUUUUAUUGGACUUGGAAUUUUGAAAGAUGAGGGCACAGUGAAGUCAAUGAGCAGAUUUGGAGAUUACAGGGAACUUCUUAAAGGACCACUGUAUUAUGCCGCAACUAUUACUUUGGCUGCCGUAUUGUAUUGGAGAACUUCGCCUAUUGCCAUUGCUGCGAUCUGUAAUCUAUGUGCAGGAGAUGGUAUGGCUGACAUUGUUGGAAGGAGAUUUGGGGGUAAAAAGAUUCCUUACAACAGAAACAAGUCAUAUGCCGGUUCAGUUGCAAUGGCAUCUGCCGGAUUCUUAGCUUCUGUUGGGUACAUGUGGUAUUUCUCCUCAUUCGGGUUUAUGGAGGGAAGCUGGGAAUUGGCUCUAAGAUUUCUUAUUGUGUCUGUUGUCACAGCUGUUGUGGAGUCCCUUCCUAUAAGCACGGAGCUAGAUGACAACCUCACAGUUCCACUGACUUCCAUAUUGGUGGGAAGUAUAGUUUUCUGAUAUAAAGCCAGAGCUAGCGAGUUAAGGCCUUAGUUUGAACUUGGUUAGAAAAUGUUCAUUCUAUAAUGUUAAGUAGGCUCUCUUGUUCACAGAAAAGCAGACAGGUGCUUGUAGUGUCUCUUCACCGAUCAUCACCAUUGCUGAUGGGGAUUUGCAAUCCUGCGUACACUCUACGGAUGAAUACUUUUGAUUGUGACUCAAAAUGCAGCAUUGGAUGUUAUAUUAUAGCCAUUUAUGGCUUGUUUGUAUUAUAUUUUUGUUGCCUCGAUGCAAUUUGAACAAGUGUUUUUUAAAAGGAAGUUGAUUCUUCCUUUGGCUGAGGAGUAGUCGCUGUGAAUGAAAGCUUAAACAUUUGUUUGAUCA